GUCCCAUCUACCAUGGGAACCGUCUCCUAUUGGGCCUGUGGAUUACUGAUUCUGGGCAUCUUAACCAAUCUUAUUCGAAGUGAUGAUCCGUCAGAAUCGACUUCUGAACAAUCCAUCAGCAAUCAGAAACCUCCUUCGUUGAUCGUUGUGACAGUAGCCACUGAUCAAACCGAUGGUUUUUUAAGACUUCAAAGAUCUGCUGAGCAGUUCGAUCUGAAACUCAAUGUGUUUGGUCUUGGGCAACAAUGGAAUGGUGGUGAUACGCGUUAUUAUCAGGGUGGUGGUCAGAAAAUUAAAAUUCUGCGUGAAUCACUGGAAGAAUACAAGGAUCGAGAAGAUGUCAUUGUGUUGUUCGUCGAUGCAUAUGAUGUUGUAUUCAAUGCUGGAGAGGAGGAAAUCUUGGCAAAAUUCGACGAGAUUUACUACAAGUACCGAGUCGUUUUCUCGGCUGAACCUUUCUGCUGGCCACGAAAGGAACUCGCACCUGAAUAUCCUACCGUACAAUUCGGCAAAAGAUUCCUAAAUUCUGGCCUAUUUAUGGGCUAUGCGCCUGAGAUAUGGCGUAUCAUUAACGAGUAUCCAGUAGCGGAUGAGGACGAUGAUCAGUUGUACUAUACGAACAUUUAUCUCGACGAAAAGCUGCGAAAUGAUCUGAAGAUAACAUUGGAUUCGAUGUCAUUUAUAUUCCAAAAUUUGAACGGAAUUAAGGAUGAUGUUGCGAUCGAAUUUAAUGAUAAUGGUGAUGCGCAAGUGAGUAUCUCAAAUGUGCCCUACAAUACACAUCCG